CACUUUUUUGAUUGUUUCAAGAGUUCAGAAAUCAUUAAGUGACGACAAAUUUCUGUUGUUUUAAAAUUGUACCUCGUCGACUUGCUGUGAAACGUGAGUAACAGCGUUUCUUUCUAUUUGUUUAUUUUGUCAGACUUCGAUCAAGAAUGCCACGUACCAAGAGAAGAACCGUCAAGCGUUCAUCUGCUGACAUGAACAUGACUGCGGUUAAUGCAACAAUGGCCAACCAAUCGAAAAAUAUGAAAGAAAUUUUGAGCGAAUUUGAUUGUGAAAAACAAAAUAUUGAAGAUUAUUUUUCUGACAUAUUUGAUAACCAAAGAAAUUUAAUCGAAAAUUCAUUUUUAAUGACAAAAAUGAAUUUAGGCGACUUAUUACAUUGUAAUCUUUAUGACAUAAUUUUCAAACAGAAUCCAACAAAAUCCAACAGUGGGAGUAAAAAAAACCCUGGUCGACCUUCAAGGCCAGUUACCAAAGCUACAGUAAAUAAGACGACCAGACAAAAAAGUAUGUCUAGUUUAACCUCUAAGACCAAUGGUUCUGCCACUGUAACGAAACACCGUAGUGCAACACGUCAUGUCGAUAAGCCACUAUCAACAGAAACAAUUGAAUCUAGAUUUAAAACUCCAAUGAAUCGACCACCUGUACCUGCUUCCGCAACAGUUACACCCAAAGUAAAUAUGCAUGAACCAAUAUCAAUGAUGCGGCGUCCAAACCAAGGAGAGGUUGCACUUUCAAUGACUGGAAGUCCGCUCAUGGUUUCAUCUGUUUCUAGAGAUGAUAUGGCCACAAUUAGUGUACCAUUAGCCAAUGGAAAUAUUCUUUCAAUAUUACCUAGAGCUGGUGCUACUAUGGACGUAUCAUUUGAUGAACAGACUAAAAGUGAAUUACUUCUUCUCAAGGGAAACAUUGAAGGGCUAUUGAAAAUGAAUAGAGGUUUGUGAGUAUACAAUAAGAGUAUACUUUCAACCAGUGGCGCAAAUACACCCUAAUUGCCUUAGUAACAAAAAUUACUAGGUGUUCUACAAUAUAUUAUUGUCAUUAUACAUUUAACUUUUAUAGUAUAGAUUUUAUACUUAUUUAUGUUCGGCCAAAGUAGAAAAUUGCAUAACUAUGCCUGAGCAAUGUCAAAAUAAUCAUUUUAAUACUUAAAUUGUUUAUACAUUGGCUGGGCAUUGUAUAAAGUAGCUUAAGCAAAGUGAACUUUGCUUGGAUUCAAGAAAAAGUAAAUUUAAUACUGUAGCAUGCUGUGCACAUUUAUACUAAUGUACUAUAAUUUAAUAAUAAAUAAUAUUUAUCUUAUUUAUGUCAAACCACUUAAAGAUAAUGAUAUUAAUUCUUCAGUAGACAGUAUCAUACUGAAUAAUAGAUUUAAAAACUCAGUAAAAUGUUUUAUUUGAUUUUAAAUAUAUUAAAUAUUUACAGUGCCCAAAUCUAAUGUCCCUGGACAAUGUUGACUUAUUCCAACUGUGCCCUCGAAAUCGUCUGAUUUCCUACUUUGCCCGUUAAAUAUAUAUAAUAAAAAUACUUCAACUAUUUACAUAAUGUGUAACUAAACAUAGGUAAGAACUAAGAGCCAAGAGGUAACACGAAUAGAGUAGUUUAUAAAUAAUUCACAUAAUUUACUAAUCAUUACUAUAUUAUGUCUGUCUGUCUAUCUUUUAAAAAUAAUUAAUUAUAACAUUUAUAUCAUAGGUAGAUUCUUUAAUUCAUAAAGAACAAAUUAAUACAUGUUAACACAACUUGACCUUUCUAAUCUUAAAGUUGUCAAAAUGUUCUAUUAUUUUACUUAUAUUU